GCGAGCGAUCGCUCGCGAGCCAAGCCCCCUCCGUCCUCCCUCUCCGUCCUUCGCCUCCGUCCAUGGCGGCCGGCAUCCGCGUCGACGACGACGACGACGACGACGGCUUCGGGGACUUCGCCUUCGCCUCCGCCCCCAGCUCCACGGCCGCUUCCGCCGCCGCCUCAUUUUCCGGCAACGGUGGAGCACCCGCCUCCGCCUCCGCCUCUCAGAACGACGACGACUGGUCCGAUUUCGUCAGCUUCGGCCGGAUCUCGCCUUCCAAAUCCGUCGCCGGUCCCCCGAGCAACUCGGGCUCGCCGGCGGUACCUGAUUUAUUCGCGGAUCGCGUUGUGGAACCGCAGGUCGCCGCUGCUCCGGCGCCGAGCAGCGCGAAUUCACUGGAAGCCCAGUGGCGGAAGCCGAAGGAGCUAUACCGUUGUCGAUAUUCGGGGAAGAGGAGGAGGAGGAACAACCUGCCGCAGUCGAUCCUUCAGUGGCCGGUGGUCACGCGUUUAAGCUUCCGAAUGGUCAUUCGGUGAAGAGGAGUUCCGAUUUGAAUGUCGGCGUCGGAUUGAACGACUUGAUUUCUAAUUUGUAUGAUCGGAGUCCGAAAGUCGGUAAUCAAAAUGGAACGGAUACGUAUCAUGACGCGAACUCGGUGGUACACGGUCAGGAUCUGAACGUUAAAGCUCAAACUGGGUCGAAUCUGAAGUUGAGCUCGAACGGGAUAGACUCCUCCGUGCUUAACGGAAACGGUGAGUUAGAUGAUGAUGAAGAGUGGGAAUUUAAGUUUGUGGAUGCGGAGAGAGUGUCCAACGACCAGAAUAUUGAGGAAAAGCAGAAUAAAGUUGAGAUUGAUGCAGCUGAGAAUGUGAACAUGUCCAUUUCAAGUGGCAGUGGUUGGAAUUUUAAUGUGCAUGUUCCCACUCCAAGCUUCGACACACUGAAGUCAGGCAUUAAUGGGCUUGUUAUUGAUUCUGUUAGAAAAGAGGAGGAUACAGGCAACGAUUUUGGUUGGGAAUUCAAAGGUGCAGAAAUUGAAACUCAAUUCAAUCAUGAGAACCAUAAGGGUAAUGGGGCAACAUUCAGAAGUUCACCAACUACUGAAGCCACUUUUGAUUUUAGCAAUGGUGCACAUGGACAAUCCGAUCUGUUUGCCUCAUCAAAGUGGAUUGCUGAUAAAUUUGUGACGUCAAAUUCUGUGUAUGACUUGAACCCAAAAGCCAAGAUUGACCUGAAAGGCUCCAAUCAUGAAGCUAAUUUCAAUCAAGUUGAUGGAGUUGCUGAAAUCGAGGAAAACGAUUGGGACUUUAGGUGUGCAUCUUCAGAAACUGGUUCAAGUGCUCAGGAUGAUCUGAGGCUUGCUGAUAAUGGUGCAAAGACAAGUACAACGGAGAGUAGUGUUGACUUUGGCGAAAAUCUUUGGGAAUUUAAAGACGCUUUAUCAGAAGCUGCAUCAAAGCAUGAGAGAAAUGAGAAACAUCAAGGGAAUGGGAAAAAGGAAGCUCUGCCAUCGUCUCUUUUUGGUGGUGAAGAUUUAGGGAAAGAAGAUACAAUAGUUCAAGGUGACAGUUUUAUCAAAGAACCUACACCUGAUACAAGAGAUAGAACUAAACUAACUUCAGGAACAUCCAUUACUGAUCUCAUAUCAAGUCUGUACAGUGAAUCCAUGCCGAGUACUCCCGCAGCUGACAUUAAGAAGCUGAGUGAGGGUGCACUGAAUACCACCUGGACAAAUUCGGAACCAGAUUCAGCAAUCAAAAAGGAUGACUUUGAUGAAUGGGAUUUUCAGGGUGCCUAUACACCGAGAGGAGAUGAAGCUCAGAGCUUUGGUACAAGUACUCCAUGGCUCGGUGUUGAUGGGUCGAAUUCAAGCCACACUGUGCCAAUGUCCAGAGUAGGAAAUAAACUAAACGUCUUAGAGGAUAUUUCUUGGGAGCAUAAGGAUGUCUACCCUGGGACCAAAUCUGCAGAAGUCUCUAUAACCAGUCCUGUGGAUUUGCCUCAAAGUUUUGGCAUUGAAUUAAAACUUGAUGAUCUUGUUCAAUUCUAUUGCAAUUUGAAGGAUGAGUUGUGCCUUGUUGCUUGCCGGCAUCUUAAUCAGAAGGCACAUGACCCUGUUGAUCUUGCCGGUGAAACUGCGAAGGCAAAAGCUCAUGAUGAGGAAAUUCAGGAGCUUUACAAUGAGCUGCAUUUAAGCAAGUCAAUCUUGCAACCGCCCUCAAAUAAUCUAUCUGAGAGAGAUAUCAGCAUCAGUACAUUUCUUGAAGUCUUAUCUGGAGAAAAGUUCCGCAUAAUUGAGGCAGAAUAUAACUUGUCGAGCAGAUUGUCAUCGGUAGAGAGAGAUUCAAAGUCAUUGGUUGAACUCUUGAGACACGUAGCCUUGGUACUGAAAAUUUUAAAAUUAGGAUCAGCUGAGGCACAAUCUAAUUAUGUUUCCACAUGGUCCAAAAUGAUCUCUGCUUGUGCUCAAGAGCUAAAGCAUGGAGCCUCAAUAUGGAAGCAAUCUCUAGAGAAGAAUGUUUCCAGUCAAAUAUUAUCUGAAAAAGAAAGGCAAGCAGUAUGUACUUGCCCUGGGAGAAGUUUACAGAGCAGUUGGAGUUCUUGGGGCAUCAGCCAUGUUAUACAAACCAUGGAUUCUUCUUAAUUAUAGAGAUUUCUCUGGCGCAUCUGCUCUUUUAGAUGAAUGUACUACUAUGUGGUCCAGUUCAGGCCUUGAAGAAGCUCUUCAAAACAUAUCUGAUCCGCUGGAGUUCCAAUAUGAGGACAGUGUCAAGGCUUUAUUGGAGUCUAUCAAGCAUGUUUACACUCUCAAUGCAGGUGUACUCCAGAAGGCUAUUUUUUCUUGUGAAGAACCUGUUUGCCGUUUGUCUCUGUUGAAUCCAGGAACAGUGCCGGGUAUGAAGAUGAUUUUCUGGGACGAGAGCAGUAUUUUCUCAAACUUGCUAAUCUAUGGGCAAAUUUGAUCAGCCAUCAUCCUCCGGAAUUGCCAUCCAUCAAGAUUUAUGGAUCAUGACGCGACGUUUACCAGCCGGACUGACUGUUUCCCCCCAAAAAUGGAAGCAUCGACUGCAAAAACCAUAAAAGCUCCGAGGAAAGUACGUACAAUACACCGUCUUAGUGUGGCCGAAAUUCAUUCCCAUUCUUUUCUCUCUAGGCCCAUGAUUAGGGUGGAGGAGAGUCUUUCUCCAACGUAAUUCUUUUUGGUAAGAAGUGUAGUAGCAUAGUCGUCUUGAAGAUAGAGAAAAAAGCGUCGCCAAAUUCUCUGUAUAACAAUAAAAGUUCUUUGAGUGAAAAAUGAGAUGGGGAUUGCAAUA